GGAUCCCAAGGCGGGGGAGAAGAUGAGCAGCGAGGCGCUGUGGCUUUUCAAGCAGCUGUAUCUCCACCUGGAGCAGGAGGGGCGGUUCCAGCCCCGCGAGAAGGGGCUCAGCCUCAUCGAGUGCGCCGCCGAGAAUGAGAACACUCUGUGUCCGAGACAAAGGAAUGCCAAGGUGGAAGAUCUUUGGAGUCUGACCAACUUUUUCGGUUUUGCAACUGAAACAUUUGUUUUGGCUGUUAAUAUUCUGGACAGAUUCUUGGCUCUUAUGAAGGUGAAACCGAAGCAUUUAUCUUGCAUUGGAGUUUGUUGUUUCCAGCUGGCUGCCAGAGUAGUUGAAGAAGAAUGCAAUAUUCCAUCUGCCCAUGAGAUCAUCCGGAUCAGCCAAUGUAAAUGCACUGUGUCCGACCUGAAACGGAUGGAAAAGAUAAUUUCAGAAAAGUUGCACUUUGAAUUUAAAGCUACUACUGCCUUAACCUUCUUGCACUUGUACCAUACUAUUGUACUCUGUCAUACCUCAGAAAGGAAAGAAGUGUUGAAUCUCGACAAAUUGGAAGCACAGCUAAAAGCUUGCAACUGUCGUCUAGUCUUUUCUAAAGCAAAACCAUCUGUCUUGGCCUUGUGCCUUCUCACUCUAGAAGUUCAGACUUUGAAGUCUGUUGAGCUGUUUGAGAUCCUUCUGCGUGUUCAAAAGCAUUCUAAGAUAAGUGAUAGUGACCUACUUUACUGGAGGGAAUUGGUCUCAAAAUGCCUAGCAGAUUAUUCUUCUCCUGAAUGUUGUAAGCCUGAUCAUAAAAAGCUCGUUUGGAUUGUUUCGAGACGUACAGCCCAGAAUCUUCAAAACAGUUACUACAGUGUUCCUGAGUUGCCAACAAUACCAGAGGGUGGAUGUUUCAAUGAAAGCAAGAGUGAAGACUCCUGUGAAGAUAUGAGCAGCGGAGAAGAAAGCCUUAGCAGUUCUCCUCCGAGUGAUCUGGAAGGCACCUUCUUCUUUGAACUCAAACCUAAAACGAAGUGGCAAACUCUUAGCUGUCGGUCUUAGCAUUAAGUCUUGAUUGUGUUAGGUUGAGAUUUUUAAUGCACCGUAGAGUGUUUUGGCAAUAAUAAAUGAGGUGGUGAUCUGUAAACGGUAUUAAGGCAAGAAUUGCUGUGGUAUAUCAAUGCUUUGAAUGCCUGCCUUGGUUUUUUUGUUGUUGUAAUCUUAAGGAAUUAAAAAAAAAAAAUCCCAUUCAGGUCCCCAGUUCAGCAAAAAAGUUCAUGUAUAGUUCUGUUAUCAGUGAGUAUAAACGUAGUCCUGUACUUGGUGGUCCAAAAAGGUUAGCAGCUAAAUGUGUUAGCAGUGUGCCCUGGCAGCAAUGAAGGCUGACAGCAUACUGGGCUGUGUUAACAGGAGCGUAGCCAACAGAUUGAGGGAAGUAGACUUUUUCCUCCCUUUACUUGGCAUUCAUUCUCAUUUGGAACAGUGUCCGGUUUUGGGCUCAAGAGGUCGAUCAACUCGUGCAAGUCUGACAGGAAGCUGCCAAGAUGGCUAAAUGAUUUGGGGCACAGGACCUGUGAGGAGAAGCUAAGUGAAAUGAGCUUCUUCAGCCUGGCUAAGUGGCCUUUGGGGGGAAAAUGGGAUUGAACAGCAGCCUUUUGGUAUCUAAGAGGAGGUUGCUGAGGAGGAGAUAAUUUCAGGGUCUUGACUGAGAAGAAUGGAGCAAGAAUGAGAGGCUUUCAUUAAAUUGAAAUGUGAAAUUCUCAGUUAAUGGAAGAAGUUUGUUCCAUGGGGACAGCCCAGCAUGGGAGUGGACCAGGAGGGGCUGUGCAAUCUCUGUCCUGGGAGGUUCUCAGGGUUCAGCGUGACAAAGCCCCGAGCUUGGUUUGAACUCAGAGUUGACCCUGCUUUGAGCAGGAGGUUGGACUAGAGUCCUCUUCAGGGCACCUCCACCCUUUAGUAUUUUGGGGUUAGAUCAAAUUGGCUGAGUAGGUUAUGUGGAGGGAUACGUAUCCACAGUACCAGGCUGAAAUGAUUUACUGCCAAAUGCUGAAACUGCUCUAACACUUUACAUGCUAUGCUCCUUGUCAGCAGGAUCUGGAGUUGUGUACUCCACGUAGGUUGUUUUUUCUAAAGCUUAGUUUUUAUAAACUUCAGGAAUCCCUUUUUCAUGACGGCAGUAUGCAUGGCAAGAAGGUUUCUUCUAGUCAAUACUAGUUUUCACUAAAGGAUAGUAUAAACUGUGUGGCAGGGAGUAAUUUCAAGUUUUCUUUAAUACAGAUGUUUUUACACUGAAACUCACAUUGUAUACUUCAGUGUGUUUAAAAUCUUAACUGUUAACAUGUCAAUCCAUACUAUUAGCUUAGACUUAUUAACAUGGUAAAUCUUGGUAAGUCUACAUUCCUUUUAAUAUUUAACCCUUGUAGUUGUUUUUCAGUAUACUCAUGUUAUUGAUUGAGUCAUAAUCAGACUUGUUUGCAUGCUUAUGUAAAGCAGUUAGUGCAGGAAAAGUCGAUAUUAUGCAGUAAUAUCAGGUAAAUGUGAUGUUGAUGAAGUAGUUAAUGUAAUGGUUUUUUCUGAACUUCUUAUACUGAAGCACAAGCUGAAGUGUGAUUGUGUUUCUCCAUAUUGAGAACACGGUUAGGUAGCAAGUGGACUAAUUAGCUCGGAGUAAUGGUGUGAAGUGUGUUGGUGCCAAAGUAGAAAUGAAGGAGCAAACAAGCUAAAGGCUGUUUCGUAGAUGCAAGCUUUGUUUUAGAACGGUAAGAGCGGUGCCGUAAGUUCAUAACUGUUAUGUGAUUUCAGUUUUAUAAAAUUACAAAAAGUUUACAAAAAUGUAUAUAAAAAUGUAAAUGAAAAAAAUGUACAGAAAAAAAUUUAAAACAAAAAAUGAGCAGAAAAUACUGUAUUUUUUUACGUUAUAUGUAACUUUUUGUAGGUAUGUUGCAUGUAGAUAGUAAUUUAUUGUGUACUCUGUAUGAUAUAAAUACUGUACAUCUGAAGACUUCUUACUGCAAGUCUCUGCACCUGGAAGCUCACUUCUGAAAUAGAGUACUUUGGUUACAGGUAACCAACCUACUGAGUCUUGUUUCAGUUGAAAACAAAAAUAAACCAAGUGCUGUGUUUGUUAA